AUGGAGUGUCAAAAUGAAGAGAAUCCGGUUGGUUCAUCUUCUAGUACUUUUCCUAUAGAGAGUGAUAGUCAAUUGCCUAUGCAAGUCGAUGAAGUUGUUGAUGAAACUGGGAAAAGAAAACUUAGUUCUGACGCAUGGAAUCAUUUUACACCGGUGAUGAUUAAUCUUGUUCAUUUUGGUGUUUGUAAGUAUUGUAAUACUCGUAUCAAAUCAACAAGAAAUUGUGGGACAUCUCCAGAACUUGCUCGUGCUAUCAUUUUGCACGAGUAUCCAUUGUCCAUUGUUGAUCAUGUAGGAUUUAGGAAGUUUGUUGCUAGUCUCCAACCGUUGUUCAAAAUGGUGUCUAGGAACACAAUCAAGAAUGAUAUACUGAAGAUUUUCGACAAUUUGAAAUCAAAAACUUCUAUGUUAUUGGAAAAUCUUACAAGUAGAAUUGCAAUAACAACUGAUAUGUGGACUUCGGACAACACCAAAAAAGGGUUCAUGGCUAUUACAACACAUUUUAUUGAUGAUUCAUGGAGACUUCAAAGCCAUAUUCUUAGAUUUGUUUAUGUUCCUGCUCCACAUGAUAAGGAUACUUUGUGUAGUGCGUUGCUUAAUUGCUUGUUAGAGUGGAAUCUUGAAAGAAGAAUUUCAACAAUUACAGUUGAUAAUUGUAGCACAAACAAUGCUAUGAUGAAAACCUUGCUAGAUGAGAAACUUUGUAAAAGUGAUUUAUUGUUGAUGGGUCGAAUGUUACAUGUGCGAUGUGCCGCACAUAUCUUGAAUUUGAUUGUGCAAGAAGGACUAAAGGUGAUACAAGAUAGUAUUAAUAAUGUGCGUGACAGUGUCUUAUAUUGGAUAGGGUCUUCAGGCAGAAUCGAAAGGUUUGAAGAAGCUGCACGAUUGCUACAUAUUUCGUGUAACAAAAAGUUAGAGUAUGAUUGCCCUACUCGGUGGAACUCAACAUAUCUAAUGUUGAGAACAGCCCUGGAAUACAAAGAUGUGUUUAUGAAGUUGAGCCUAAGUGACCUUAGUUAUCGUUGUUUUCCAACCGAAGGGCAAUGGAGUGCAGCAAAAGAAGUUUGUGAUACAUUAAAGCUUUUCUAUCAUAUCACUGAAGAGUUCUCAGGGACUCAAUAUCCCACUUCUACUCUAUACUUUUCUAAAGUUUGUGAUAUUAAGCUAGAAUUGGAAGCCUUGGUGAAAAGUUUAAAUCCUUUGAUUAGCUCUAUGGCAUCAUCAAUGUUGUUGAAAUUUAAGAAAUAUUGGGAUGAAGUGCAUAUUUUGAUGGGUGUAGCUGCUAUCUUUGAUCCGAGGUAUAAGAUGAGGUUGGUGGAGUUCUAUCUUACACAUAUUUAUGGUGGAGAAGCUGCUUCAAAUAAAAUUCAAGAAGUUCGAAACUAUUGUGUUGAUCUCUUUCAAGAAUAUAAGAGUAGAGGAGCUGUGUCAUCCCAAGCAUCUAGUUCUAGUGAAGUUGUUGGACAUGUUGAGGGUGACCGACUGUCUAGUUUUGAUAGGUUUGUCGCGUUGAGUAGCUCGAACGUGGACACAAGAUCGGAAUUGGAUUCUUAUUUAGAAGAAAAUGUGCUACCCCGCACACCAUCAUUUGACACUUUAAGUUGGUGGAAGACAAACGGACUAAAAUUUCCUACUUUACAAAAAAUGGCUCGUGACCUCUUAGCCAUUCCUGUCUCUACCGUUGCUUCAGAAUCUGCAUUUAGUACUAGUGGGAGAUUGAUUAGUCCGCAUCGUAGUAGACUUCAUCCUACUACUUUGGAGGCUUUAAUGUGUGCUCGCACUUGGUUAUGGAACGAAAUAAAUGGUUUGGCUUCAACGGUCGACAAAGUUUCAUGUCCGACAUUACUUGACGAAGAGGAAGAGCCGGAUUCAAUUGAAGGCAAUACAUCGAUUAAGGAUGGGCUUUAUGAAGAGGCAUUGUCAAAAUAUGAGCUAGCGUUACAAGUUGCAGCAGAUAAUCCUUCAAGCACUGAAAUUCGUUAA